UGUCCCCAUCACACAGACAGGAGGCAGCGAACCGCAACCGUCUUUCUCGCAAGGCAGCCUCCUUCCCGUCGCCGGCGACCUCGCCCGUCGCCGCUACCGAGAUGCCGGUGAGGGUGGUCGACACCGCAACUCCAUCGUCGCAGCCCUCCCCAGGCCAAGAGACAAAUUCUGUACACCCGUCUCCUCCUAGCUGUUCACUCUUAAGUGCAGGAAGAUGUUUUGCUGGAACUCAGAAUGUUUCAAGUCUGCAGAAGGAUGAAGCAUGGAAAGUUAAUGUGCGCAUCCAUGGUUGUGAUCUUGAACAGGGUUAUUUAUGUGGAACAAUGGAAGCGCUUAAUGUUCCAUUAGCAGAUACACCUGUAGUGACAUUCUGGGAGGGGGAGAUAGUAGAUGCUAAAAAUUACACAUUUUUCACUGGCAAAUGGGAAGCAUCACCAGAGGAUGAUAUAAGACAUUGGUCCAAGUUCCCAUCAUUUACACCUCUUCUGAGUCAGAUUGAGACAGAUGGUGGCAAGUCGCUAGACCUUAGCAACUAUCCUCAUAUAUUUAUGAGAUGGAAGGAGCAAUACUUUGUCAAUGUUGGAGUUGACUGUGGGUUAACCAUUGCUGGUUUCUACUACGUCUGCUUUUCUUGUAGCGAUGGAUCCAUUAAUGGCUUUUACUAUGAUCCAAGUAGCAGUCCAUUUCAGAAGCUUGAACUGAAGUGUACCAAUGAGAAAAAUUCUGGAUUCACCUUUUCGUCCUAUGAGCUACAGUGACAAGCUUGAUGCAUCUGACGGCCAACUUUCUGUUAGGGAUCAGAUUCAUUAAGGGAUACGAUGGGCUGUUGUAAACUCUUCUGUCUUAUCAUGUGCAGUCCAUUUCAGAAGCUUGAACUGAAGUGUGCCAAUGAGAAAAAUUCUGGAUUCACCUUUUCGUCCUAUGAGCUACAGGGACAGGGACAGGCUUGACGCAUCCGAUGGCCGACUUUCUGUUAGCAUAUACUCUGUGUGUGUGUGUGUACUGAACUCUUAGUUCCUAAUGUUGUUGUAUUAAAAGAAAUGAAAGACGGCGUGUAUGUAACAGUUAUUUCCAGCAAGACUGAGCAACCUUUUGCUUUGUGAUCUUAAAGGGAAGCAUGCAUCUUUUCUUGUUUAAA